AUGCUUCCAAAAGCAGUACUUGUCCAUUAUACACACUUCGAUCCAUGCUCGUGGUUUCGAGUCCAGCCACCCGUCCUUCACCUCCACGACCGAGAUGAUGUCUUGUUAUACCGCAGGAGUCAGGAGGAUUUAGGCAGCGCCAGUUAUCGUGGUGUUGUCGCGCUUCAAGUUGCCAAGCAGCUCGAGGCCGUAGGCAACAAAGUCAAGUUUAUCUCGAUAAACCUUCUCGUCUCGCUGGCCAACAUGCACAGGAUUGACCGCUUGCUUGACAUGCUCCACUUACCUCGGUAUCUCGUCGAGACGCUCGGUCUUAAGGCGGACAUCGCUAAUUUUCUCAAUGAGCGCAGAAAGAACUACAAUCCACCAAGCUCGGUUCCUACGGUCGCUAUUUUUGUGACAUCCUCCUUCGCAGAAGCAAGGCUUAGGGACCAGCUGAAGCUACAGUCUGGCUUCAGCCGCGGCGAGCCACUCAUGAACCUUGGCCAUAUCUCGCAGUUCCAUCUUCCGUGGCCGUGUCGAGUCUCGCGGGCUGUAAAUGUUUGGAAGGAGUAUUGUGAUCAUAUUGGUCUUGGGGUCGAUUUGCAAGUAUUUAUUGAAACACCACUUCAACUGCUAUUCACUAGCGACGACCCUGCAGGAUGGUCCUUUUCCGGUCUUGCUAUCAUUCGCUGA